GGCAAAUUUGAUUGUGCACCUGAGUGAGCGAUGUGGCUUUUAUUUCUGGCUUUGCAAUUAAACCUUAUCUGAUGCUUGCAUUUAAACAGAACAUGAUUUAUUGUUUGCUAUAAAAUGCCACCGUUGUGUAUCGGGGUGUGUGUUCGCAGUAAAACCGUCUCGGAUGUCUGGUGACGUAUCCGCCGCUCCGCCGUCCGCUCUGGAGCUUGUCAGCUUUCUCGGCAAAACCUUUGGCGCAGGCGCGGCACUGACAGCUGCUGUCUACUUACUCCGCAAAGUGUGUUUAAUAAUGGCCUGGAAAUCUGGAGGAACCAACCAAGCAGAGCUUGUCAACAACCUCCGCAAAAAUGGCAUUAUUAAGUCCGAAAAGGUCUAUGAAGUCAUGCUGGCCACAGACCGAGCCCAUUUCUCUAGGUGUAAUCCCUACAUGGACUCGCCACAGUCAAUAGGCUAUCAAGCAACCAUCAGCGCCCCACACAUGCACGCCUACGCCCUGGAGCUUCUACAUGACCAGCUGUAUGAGGGAGCUAGAGCUUUGGACGUCGGCUCCGGCAGUGGGAUCCUGUCGGUUUGCUUCGCACGAAUGGUUGGUCCUAAAGGGAAAGUUAUAGGUAUUGAUCACAUCAAAGAGCUGGUAGAUGAUUCUAUAACCAAUGUGAAGAAAGACGACCCCAGUUUGAUAACAUCGGGCAGAAUCAAGCUAUUCGUGGGAGACGGGCGAUUGGGCCAUCCUGAGGAAGCGCCUUAUGAUGCCAUCCAUGUUGGCGCAGCAGCACCAAAUGUCCCACAAGCUCUUCUUGACCAGUUGAAGCCCGGCGGCCGGCUGAUUCUGCCCGUCGGCCCUGCGGGAGGAAACCAGAUGCUGGAGCAGUACGACAAGAUGGAAGACGGCAGCACCAAAAAUAAGGCCUUGAUGGGGGUGAUUUAUGUGCCUUUAACAGACAAAGACAAGCAGUGGUCCAGGUGGAAGUGACUUCCUUCUCCCCCUCCUCCCUCUCUCUCCUUCUCACAGUGGCAAAGGGAUGAACUCUGAAGAAGAAGACAGUCCAUAAUCCACCUUUAAGUUUGAACCUGGAGAAAACUUGGAUGGGGUCAGGCAGCCCAUGGCAUUUUGUUCAAAGCAUAACAAACCAUGCUUUUUUUGUUUUAAGUCUAACCAUGGACUAGGCAGAAGAAAGACUGGGGAGAAAGACUGCUUGAAGCUCGGCAAAGAAAUAUUGGAGAGAGUUUAUUUUUUGUUUUCAGGCCUGCAUCUUUUUGGUUGUGUAUUCUUUUUAACUGCUGGAUUUUAGGUUUUUUUUUGUUGUGAUUUCAACAUUUGAAUUGCAAUCAGCCAUUUUUUACAGUGUUACAUUUCAGCAGAAUCAAAGCUGAAUGUAGGAGGAACGCCGGACGAACGAUGAUGAGGAAAGCCUGAAACUUUUAGAUAAUUUACCUAGCUACAGCGUGUGUGUGGACCAUCUAACUGUAGACCUCUCUGCUAACACAUGAGCUUUUUCCCCUGCGAGCAGUAUUAGAAACACACACACACAACGGCAACACACGGCUGAUGUAACCCACGCAUCCUGUUUGAUAUUCUACACAUAGAAUAAGCAGCACAUCGGAUCAUACCGAACAUACUCCAAAGAGAGCUGAGCACUAAUAACACCGACACCCGUGCACAUACAGGGCUGUGCUUUUCCACCUGGUGAUGUGUUGCUUUCUGCCGCUGGUUUUUCCAUUAACAAUUAGCGCAGGCUCUUCUGGUGACUGAUACUAAAUGAGGUAGUCACUGCUUUGCCAAAAUAAACUCCAACAAUAUAAAGCAAAUGAAUGUCUGUUUUCUUGAAAUCAAAAUAAGCACAUUUUAUUUUGGGUGAUGGAUGAUAUUUGGCUGUCACAGUUUCUGGAAUGGCACAUGAAAAUAAAGAGAUGCUUAUGUUU